AUGCCGGGGGACUUUUCCUUCACUCAUUCGAACGGCCAGGGUAUAUCAAUUGUUGUGUCUAGUUUUGAGGACCGCAACCUAUUUUUGAUUUCCAAUUUGGAGAAAAUUGGGCACGUCGUGGAUCUGUUAUUCCCCAGGACUGCCGUCCCAGUGCAAAGAAACGGUGCUCCAGAAUUCGAAACUAGAAAUCUGUUUGGUCCGGAUACUGUGAGUCUGCCUCCUUCAGUGUAAUUAUGUUUAGGGCAUCUACGAUCUCUUAAUCAGCCGCUUGGCCAGAGUUUUCUGUUCGUUGAGACUUGAUCAGAAACCUGUCCGAUUCCUCCUAGGCCUGGACUGGACUGGUCAAGAUGAAGUCGCCUUCCUCUCAGAGGUUGUGGAUGCUGUUAAGACCGGACUUACGAGGAAGUAGACAUAUUUAUUCAAUUUCCACGCAGGAUAUAAAGAACAGUGUAUUCCUACCCAGAUCAGCAUUUCCUGUUACUGUAAAACCAACAGAACGAUCUCGAUUAGAUUCCGAAUUGGCCCAAAGCUCACAGUAUAAUGAACUUUAUUCAUGGCAAAAAGACCUUAAACGAGAUGAGUUUGUUCUUCUUGAUGGUCCUCCAUAUUCAAACGGCUCCCUUCACGUCGGGCAUGCCGUGAACAAGAUUCUCAAGGAUUUCAUUGUAAAAAGUCGCGUUUUGCUUGGUCAAACCGUAGACUUUAGACCUGGGUGGGACUGUCAUGGUCUACCAAUUGAAUUGGCCGUGCGGAAAAAUUCGAAUGUAUCGUUUGUGUUAACGAAAUGAAAAAUUAGUUUAGGAGAAAGAAGCUUCCAGAAUAAGAGAACUAGCUCAACAACAUGCCACGAAUGUUAUCAACGAACACAAGUCUACUUUUAAGAAAUGGGGAAUUACAGCCGAUUGGAAUAAUCCGUAUUGCACUUAUGAUUCCUCUUAUAUGGCUAACCAAUUGAGAAUAUUUGGAAAAAUUUAUGACAAGGGAUACGUCUAUCGUGAAUUUAAGCCAGUUUUUUGGUAUGAUCUACAUGAAAGGUUUACUUUGUUUAAGGUCUCCAAGUUCACAAUCCGCUCUGGCCGAGUCUGAAUUGGAAUAUAACGAUAUGCAUGUAUCAAAGGCUGUUUAUUUUUCCUUUCCGGUAAGUGUAGCAAGGUAACAAUCGAAGUUUAUUACCUUUAAAUUUUAGGUAAUAAACUUCGAUAUAUCAGCUGUUGGUGUAACUCGCUGGAAAAGAAGAGAACCACCACUUAUAUCAGCCAUGAUCUGGACUACAACUCCCUGGACUUUGCCGUUAAAUGAUGCCAUAUCUUAUAAUAGAGAGUUACAGUACUCGCUAAUUCAAUUCAAAGAUAACGAAAAGUGAGAAUCGACUUUUAAUAUGAAUUUCCAUUUAAGGGAACCAGUUGAACAUUAUUUCCUCGUCUGUCAUGACCGACUGGAAUUUAUCCAGGAACAGUUGCAAAGGCCCUUUAAUCUAAUAUCAACUUUUAAUGGAGGAGUAUUUAAAGAUAUCUAUUACCGGUCGAUAAUGCAUAACGAACUUGCUCUUCCGUUUUAUCAUGGAGAUCAUGUCUCUUCGACGAUGGGAACUGGGCUUGUUCACACAAGUUUUGCUCAUGGUUUUGAUGAUUACAAGGUAAAGGUCAGUGAACGAGGAUUAUGCUUUUUUAGCUUGGUCUUUCUACGAAUUCACGGGUAAGGUCCUUUGUUGACAGCAAUGGACGGUAUACGAGAGAUUUGGGCACACGGUUAGAAGGAAAGCACGUAUUGAAAGAAGGUCAAGAUGAGGUUCUAAACAUGUUCAAAAAAAAUAUUCUGAGGCAGGAGGACCUCACACAUUCUUAUCCUUAUGAUUGGCGGACCAAUCAGGUGAGAUUGCAGUAGUUAUUACCUUAUGCUGAUGGGUUUGCAGCCAGUCAUCAUACGAAGUACAAGACAAUGGUUUAUUGAUGUUUCCGAAGUGGGCCUACGGUGUGUUGAGCAGAUAAACAAGAAAAAUAUACCAUUUCAUGCGGGAAAUCAUGGUAACUCCAAAUUUCUUCUAUGGGAGUGAUGACGAUACGUCGUAGUAUUUUUUAAUAAUUGAUUUUCUAGAUUUAAGGGCUACGAUGACAAGUUUCUUGCUUAGUCGGCCCGAUUGGUGCAUCUCCAGACAACGAGUUUGGGGUGUUCCAAUACCAGCGCUACUUGAUAUACACGGUAGCAAUCAUCAUACAUCUGCUGCCUUCAUUCAUGCUGUAGCUGACCAAAUACAUGAUGAUUAUAACUGGUAUUGGAAUGCGACUGAAAAACAACUCGUCGAACUUGUGUGUUUGGUUUUUAAUUACGACGUCGCUUUUAGCUGGGGAAUAGGGAUACUAAUCCAGAAGACGUGAAGAAAUCAACCGACAUUAUGGAUGUCUGGUUUGACAGUGGAUUGGUGUGGCAUACCUUAAACGGAAGGGUGGCAGAUGUGAUUUUAGAAGGACGGGAUCAGUUCCGCGGGUGGUUCACUUCUCUUCUAUUGACGUCCAUGAUUGCCGAGGUAGAGAUGGUGAUUCAACUUUACGUUUUUAGGAUCGAAUACCAUACAAACAAGUUGUUGUUCACGGAUUUACUGUUGACGAUAACAACAAAAAGAUGUCCAAAUCCAAGGGAAAUGUAAUCAAUCCAACUACCGUAGGUUUCUUCAUUGACUAUAAAAACCCAGCAGAUAACCGACGGCUCUCUGAAAUCUCCUGCGAUUGGGGUCGACGGACUGAGGUUAUGGGUGGCCUUAUAUGGAAGCGAGAACCCGGGCGACGUCAGGAUUGGUCAAUCUGUUCUGGAAGACGUUAAGUUACGCCUUAAACAAGUUCGUCUUUCUUUUCGAUUUAUCUUGGGAGCAUUGGAAGGAUAUAAUGGAGACACACCCACAAGAUUAAAUUAUCUCGAUCAAGUAGGUGUAUAAUGUUAUUUAAAAUCAUUUCCAAUAGUAUAUAUUGAAAGAAACUGGUCGUCUUGAAAAGAAGAUUCACCUUUUGUAUAGAGACUUUGAGUUCAGGCACGGCACCAAUGAAACUUUGCAAUUUCUAAGAAGUCCUUUCAGUUCCACUUACAUUGUAAGUUCUUCAAGGAUAAUAUUGAAAAAAUUCUUUUAAGAAUUUGGUGAAGGACAGAUUGUAUUGUGACAGAAUUGGGUCCUCUUCGCAUAAAGCUGUCCAAUAUACUCUUAAUGCAGUCGGCAACACCUUCAUCAGAAUAUUGUCGCCCAUAAUGCCUCAUUUGGUGUCAGAAUAUUGUUCGCAUCAUCCAUUACUGAAAAGCAACCUUUCUUCAAGUUACAGGGAGUUAUUACUUAGAGGAGAGCAAGAUGAUUACAUUUAUGAACCUCAAUUGGAUGAGAUAAUAAAAUUAACUCAGAAUCUGAGAAAGAAAAUAACUGAAACCGAGCCAGCAAAGAAGGUAAGCAUUAUUUGAUGAUAAAAAUGCAUCAACGUUAUAGGAAUACGUCUUGAAAUUUGCGAAAAGAGACGAGGAAUUAUUAUCCAAUGUCCAAAAGGAGACGUUUUCCGUUGAUUCCGAACUUGUUGAACUCCUUGGAGUCGGUUCAGUUCUUUUGGAGGGAUCUGGUGUCACCGAGUUGAGCGAAAUAUCUGGUAAUCUCUACGUCUGUAAAAGAUGCAGAAAAAGAAAUUCCGAAGAUGGGGAUCGACUCUGCAAACGAUGUUCUGUCGUUUUAGGAAUAUAA